AUGUCUUAACCAAGCAUUACUUCAUGUUUAAUGUCACAAUCUAAGUUAACGUGUUUAUAUAGAACCCAAUUCGUGGACCAAUUGAAUUAACCCUACCCCUAAAAUCCUGUACAAGUCAAUUUAAUGUUUCUAGCUAAAUCCAAAUCCCGUGAGAUUAGAUAUUUAAAGAAACCCAAUGACGAAAAGUCCCUUUAAAAUUCAUAAUCUUGACUAUAUAACGUCCCACGGUUCUAAUUGUUAGUUUCAGCAGACUCAAAAAUAAUGAAGAAGAGCCAAGAAACGCAAGAAGACUCUCUACAACAAGAAAGUCGUUAUCAACUUCACCAAAUCUUCAUAUCGAAGAUAUUCAAAUCUCAUAGAUUCUUCCAAGCCCUGGUCUUGUAUUCGUUGCUUAUCGGUUUCGGAUUCGGGCUAGGCUUCAUACUCAACGUCCAUAUAAGAAACGUCUCUUUCGAUCCCCAACUCUUUCGUCUGUCUGCUCUCCCCCCCUCCCUCUCAUCUUCCUUCUCUACACCGCUUCAACCGCAGCCAGAGAAAGUCGUUUCCUUGAACGAUACGGUUGUUGCGACUGAUGAUGGUGAUGAAGGGCAAAAGGGUCAUUCUCUGGUGAAGCCGGAGAACGUGAUGCACAACAUGACGGAGGAGGAACUAUUUCUACGUGCAUCAAAGAUUCAAGAAAAGACGUUAAAGAAGACAAAGAAAGUGGCGUUUAUGUUCUUGACUAGAGGGAAACUUCCUUUGGCUAAACUGUGGGAGAGAUUUUUCAAAGGCCAUGAUGGUCUUUUCUCUAUUUACAUUCAUACGAGUGACCCUUUUUACGUUGACGAUGAUAUCCCCGAAACUUCGCCGCUUUAUCGCCGGAGGAUUCCAAGCAAGGAAGUGGGAUGGGGAAUGGUGAGCAUGGUGGAGGCUGAGCGACGGCUACUGGCAAAUGCUCUGCUUGACGCCGGAAACCACCGCUUCGUCCUCCUCUCGGAAUCGGACAUUCCUCUCUUCAACUUCUCCACCAUUUACUCUUACCUCACAAACUCUCAACACUCAUACGUCGACGUAUACGACCUUCCCGGACCAGCAGGUCGCGGCCGCUACAACCGCCGUAUGUCACCAGUCAUUAGCCGCCGCAACUGGCGAAAAGGCUCUCAGUGGUUCGAGAUAGACCGUGAGGUAGCUUUAGCCGUAGUCUCGGACACAAUUUACUUUCCUGUGUUCAAGAAACAUUGCCUUUCGAAUUGUUAUUCCGACGAGCAUUACUUGGCGACAUUAGUCCACGUAAUGUUUCCAGGGAAGAACGCGAACCGGUCACUGACGUGGACGGAUUGGUCACGGAGAGGGCCACAUCCAAGAAAGUACACACGGGGGUCGGUGACGGGGGAGUUUUUGCGGAGGGUGAGGAAUAGAGAACAAGGGUGUGUGUAUAAUGGGAAGAAGAGCGAGAAUUGUUACUUGUUCGCUAGGAAGUUCGAUGGUGGUUGUUUGGAUAAGUUGUUAUAUUUUGCUCAUAGGGUUUUGGGAUUUUAGUCUUCGUUAUAACUUAUAACCAUAGCAUACGACUCGGCCAAUUUGUGUUUGGUAUAUAGCCCGUUUAGUUUGCUUGAAUUUUAAAGUCCCAUUUGUGA